AUGUCUAUGACGUGUGUUGUACAGGAACAAAUGAUGUUGUUAUGGGAAACAAGAAAUAAGUUAAGGACUGAGUGCACUAAAGAAAUGCUAAGAGAGAUGCAAUUUGCAAAUUGUCGUACUACUUCAUGUGAAGACACAAACUUAGAAAGUUGUGCUGAUGGUAUCGUAUUUGGUGCAUUCAAACCCUGUCCAGUCUGUAAAAGGUCAAACGUCGAAUUCAGCGAAGAUACCAAUCGCUACCAGUGUCUUACUUGGGUAGGUGAUAAUCUAUGUAAAUAUGUAACCGAUACGCCCAAAAGAACAGCCUGGAAAAUUCCUGACGAAAUCAAGGCAAAAUCUUCAUUUCUCGCAAACUAUCGUUACAUUGCUCGUGAUCGAAUUCAUUGCUGGGCCGAUAAAUCUUGUCCUAUUCCUGAUGAAAUGAGAUGGAAUAUGUUGAGCAGAUAUUCUAUUUUGAAGAUAAAGCCAUUAGGCAGCCUACGCAUUACAGCUGUAGGCAAGCUUAAAAAGAGUAAUGACAACAUCAAGGAAAAAAUAAUUAGCUUAGGAGGUAUAUUUUGUGAUCAAAUUUCCAAAUAUAUCAAUUUAUGUAUCAGUCAGCCUGAAUCACUUAAUAAAGUCGAAAAACAGAAAAUCGAUAGUCUGGGCUUGCCAUUAGUUUCGGAUGAGUUCCUUGAAGUUAUUAGAGAUGGCAAUCUAGAUGAAGCUAUAUUAAAAUAUGGAUAUUAUUCAACAAAUAUUAUUGAUUUACGUGCAAAUGGAAAUGCAACCGUAGAUCCCUAUUGUGGCUUACAAGAUGACUAUCAUGUCAUCGAAGAUUCGAAUAGGAACAUUUACAGCAUCGUACUUGAAAGGACCCCUUGCGAAUUUCUUAAGAUGCAGGCGCUAAAGCACAAUCAAUUGAAUCAGUUGGUUACUCAAUUUUUAGAUAUGAUCUAA